UUAUACAAAUGAUCAAAAUUAGGGAAGGGCCAAAAUAAAAGGCUACACCAACCAAAGCACCAACCGCACUAUAUAUAAAACAGAGAGACUGCGAUUUAUAUUAAAAAGAGAAGAGGCAGAGUGGUAGUGUUUGGUCGGAUUCAUUCACAAAUGGCUUCAAGGUUGGCUUCAAGGGCUGCUUCAUACCUCAGAAUCCAAGUGACCCACAGAGGGUUUGCUUCUGUUGUGAAGGAUCUCAACUAUGCUAAUUCUCACGAGUGGGUGAAGGUUGAUGGAAAGUCUGCAUCUGUCGGCAUUACUGAUCAUGCUCAAGAUCAUUUAGGUGAUGUUGUGUAUGUUGAGUUGCCAGAGGUCGGGGUUGCUGUGAAGCAGGGUGAUGCGUUUGGAGCAGUUGAAAGUGUCAAGGCAACCAGUGAUAUUUACUCUCCUGUGUCGGGAAAAGUGGUUGAAGUCAAUGAAGAGCUUAACAGCUCCCCUGGUUUGGUUAACUCAAGCCCGUAUGAGAAGGGAUGGAUAAUUAAAGUAGAGAUAAAUGAUAGUGGAGAACUGAAGAACUUGAUGGAUUCAGACAAGUACACCAAGUUUUGUGAAGAAGAAGAUGCACAUUGAUUGAUGCCGGCCGUUGCAACAGGCACUACUGAGAAUCUGUUUGUUAUGCAUAGAAUGCAAUACAGGAGGAAGUCAUAAAGUGCAAAUUCCCUUUCUGCUCUAAUGCUGUAUUUUUCUCUGCUUUCCUUGACUAGGAAUGAUCCUAUUUGUUACAUCCUUUGCUGCUGCCGUGAUUUUUCUUUUUCAAUCAAAAAUGAAGUAUGUACCACAAACUGAAGUAGCAAUAAUUUCGAGCAAGCAUUUUUGUAAGUCA